UAAAUUGUGCAUCACACAGAUUCUCACCUAAUUACACUAAUAUACACCGGAUCUAACACUAAUAAAGUAAGUCAAAACGUAUCAACAAAUUGUCCAAUUUAUAAUGCAAAAUAUUUUGUUUUCCAAAAAAAUUAAAAAUUAAGAACUCAAUUUCUCCGGCAACCAUCGAAAAUGAAAUAUGAAUAUAGAACCUUCCUCAGCAUCCUAGGCUGCUCCACACUCCAAACAAAUGAUCCCUUUCAUCCUCACUCUCUCUCCUCCUUCUUCACUUUUUCUCUCUACUUCCUUUCUUCCUCCUUCCUCUCUUCCUAAACUCAACUAUGGCGGAAUUUUGCGAAAUCAGAUUUUCUUUCUUGCAGAAGAAGAAGCGGAAACUUCUGCAGCUGAGAAGAAGAGGAAUAUGUAGGGCUGAACUACAGCAAGAUGCACCUUUUGCAAUUGCUCUCGGCGCGUGUGUGUUGAAUUCAUUGCUAUUUUCUGACACCGCCGUUUCUUCGCCGGAGGAUGAAGACGCCGCCGUCAGCUCCACCGAUGCUAGGUUUACUGUUAUGACUAUUAUUGGUUUCAUCCCUUACUUCAAUUGGUUGAGUUGGAUUUUUGCGUUGAUGGAUACGGGAAAGCGGCGAUAUGCUGUUUAUGCACUUGUAUAUUUAGCCCCUUACUUGAGCAGGACCAACCUCUCACUAUCUCCAGAGGAUAGUUGGCUGCCAAUUGCAAGCAUUGUUCUCUGUGUUAUACAUAUACAGUUAGAAGCAAGUAUCAGAAGUGGUGAUCUGGAUGGUUUCAACUUCUUUAAUGAGGCAGCAAAGCAUCGUGGUUUGGCCAAGAAACAUGGUCAUACUAAGCAUCCAGAAGAAAUGCAAGAGGAGGCAAGAAGACAAGGAAACAUGAAGUUACCAUUGGGUCAGCAGUCUAGGGAUGAGAUUAGAAAAUGGAGAGUCACUAGAAAGCCUUCCCAAGAUAUUGAACAUGCGGGCAACGAUGCUGGUGAUCAAGAUGAUAGAAUGCAACACUAAGAAAAAAUGAAUGAUUAGGGAUGACACAUGGACUUCUUAAGAAAAAUGGAUGAUUAAGGAUAACAUGCGGGCUUCUUCCAUUAAUAAAUAUGAGCAGGUGACCUGAAGACUGGCCGACUGAGUAGGUGCAAGCUCAUGUACAUUACGACAUAAGAGUAUAAGACUAAGAGAGUAGGUUGCCGAUAUUGAGUAGUGGUAACAGGCAUUUGCCUUUUUGUGCAGGCAUUUUCUGAGAAAUAUGUGGAUGCUAUUUUCUUCAAUAAUUUAGUCACGUUUCUGUAGGAAAAUAAGUAUUUUUCAUGAAUAUGGCUCAUAGUUUCUUCCUGUGAUAGUUUUUGCUGUCAAUCAUUGUAUCAAUAAGAAUGUUUACUAUGCUCCUAUAGCAUGAAAGAUAAAUUUGGUCCUUGCUUUCUGGGCCUUGACAUGGUCUUUUA